ACAGACUACAUCGUGUAGCUGUGCGUAAGAGUUAUAAAUAACUGCUGCGAAAGGUCAUUUGGGAUUCAACAUGGCGGCACUGGGUACGCUGUUAUUAUUCCUGUCAGGAACAGGAGUAGCCUUGGCCGUGGAUUGUUACUCUACCUACUCCUACUACAAUUAUCAGUACAGCAGAACAUACUACUCCAGCAACUCAUUCUACUGCAGCAACGGGUGCUGCGGAGGAACAGUUGACGCCUACUGUUGUACAGACAGCUACGUGGAUUACUACAACUACGUGGAUUAUGUGUCCAACACUACAGGAGGAGUCAUUGCCGGAAUAGUAAUAGGCUGUCUCGUUGGAGUGGGACUGUUUAUAGCAUUUAUCGUACUCAUCUGUGUGUACUGUGUGAACUCCAGCCGACAGUCUGUUCCCGGGCAAGUCAUAACGACGACACCGGGGACAGGGGCUCCGAUUACCUAUGUCAAUACACGUAAGUAACGAGCGAAAAACGUACUUACUAUUAAAGGUUCUUAUAUAUUGAUAAUCAAAACAUAGCAUCGUAACUUAUCACCUAUGCUGACUUUGGACCGAGUGGCCAGUUUGGAGGUGUCUUUAUGUCUUUAUGCUUCGUUCAGUUCAUAGUAUUGUCAGUUAAUAUUACUUUCAAUAUCGAGGUUCUAAUCUUGUAAAGAGUGCAUAUUGUUUGAAAUU